UUUUUGCGAUUUAAUUUUUGGAUCUCUCCGCCAAAUUUUCUCCCUCUUUCUUCUUCUCUGUGUCGCUCUCUGGCUUUCACAUCUCAGCUACUACUGCUCGUGAACUCUCUCUCUCUCUCUCUCUCUCUCUCUCUCUAUCUAAACCAACUCUCUUUCUCUCUCUAAAUCCCGCCCUUUCUAUGAAAUCAUAGAAGGAUGGCGACCUCAGCAUUCAAAUCGACCUCGAAGCGGACGCCAAUCGGAGCGCCGUCGGCUUCGGUGGACGACUCUGCGUCGUCGAAUCGGAACUCGGCUCACCGACGGUCUAGAAGCCUGAGUCGUUUCUCCCGCCGGCUGACGGAGCCGGCAAUCGAUGACUUCGAUGAUGUUCCAGCUCCCAAAGGGAAGUUCGUGAACACGGUCAGAGGCUCAGGUUUUCCCGAAAUCAGUCUCGACGACCUAGCUGUCGAAUUCUUCGGGUCGUCCGGAGACCGAGGGCGUUCGGGUUCUCGGAAUUCUCAGGCUAGCCCGGCGAGUGGAAGCAGUGCGGCACAGAGACGAGGGAGGUCGGUGUCGAGGCAAGGUUCGAAAUUGCAUGGUAGCGGUGGCAAUGGUGGUGGGGAUGGGAGGGGCAAUGUUGUUAGUCACUCCGGUGGGGGAGGGGUAGGUACGGAAAAUAGUGGUAAUUCGAGGAGAAGGAGAUCGGUUUCGGUGGUGAGGUAUCAGGUUAGCGAUUCUGAGAGUGACCAGAAUGGUAGUGAUGCUAAUUCGAAGAGCUUUACUAGCAGAAACAACCAGACCCACUUGUCCCACAAGCCAACAGCUUCAAGUCAUAGACCGGGAAUGAGAAGAUCCCUUAGCCAGAAAGACUUCAAGUCCUGUGAUGGCUAUUCUAGCCACUCCUCAGUUUUAACUGACGAUGAAGGGAGGGAUACUCAUUUCAGUAAAAAUGGAAUUGAGAGGACCAUACGAGCAGUUUAUGCAAAGAAAAAGGGAGAGCACCCAACCGGAGAUGAUGCAAACACUGGAUUUUAUGAAGUAAUGCGGAAAGAACUUAGAAAUGCUGUGGAAGAGAUAAGAACGGAGCUUGAACAUGCAAUGGUAAAAACAAAAUCCACUGUUCCAGUAAAUGGUGAUGUCUUCAAUUCAAACAGUUCUGAUGUGCUCAAGGCUGUAACUUCAAUUAGACAGAAUUACUCAACCAAAUUGGAACAGUCUGAGAAGCGUAAACAAGAUUUAUUAUCUGAAAUAGUGUUGGAGGAGCAACGUAAUAGGGAGCUGUCAAAGAUUGUUAAGGAAUUGCUUCCUGAACAAAAUAACAGUGUUCGUACUGAGAAACCACCACAAUCUAGAAGGAGGAGUACUGACAGAAGUAGGAUGUCAAAGAGGUUGACGGAGGAGGCAGAAAAAUACAUUGAGGAUUUUCUUUCCAAUGUUGAAGAUACUGAUAUAUCAUCGCUUGAUGGAGAAAGGAGUGAUACAAGUUCGAGCUUAGGGGGAAUAACCAAGACAGAAAUUUCUCAUAGUCCUGCAGUGAUUGUACCGCUUCCCGUUGAAAUGGAUGGGGUCGUACUACCUUGGUUGCAGUGGGAGACUAGUAAUGAAGUUACACCUCUUCCAUACAAGAAUAAGAUGGACCCACCGGUGACUCCAAAAACUAUCUCGUGGGAUGCUGCUCAGGAAGUUUCUAACUCACAAGAUCGAAGUAUUCAUUCUGCCAGUAGCCGUGGAAGUUGGAGCCCCGGAAUUAUUGAUUCCCAUUCAAUGAAUAUUCGAGAAGGUAUAGCAAGUAAACUUGGAGAAUUAGGUCACUACCAAUGUCCAUCAUAUACUGAUGGACCAAAAACACCAAGUUUUGACAUGGAAGAGUACCUGAAACUUCAAAGCAAUGAAGAUGUUCUCUUUGAAAGAAUUAGGCAACAACAGAGAAUUAGUUCAGGCAGUCUACUCCUCUGUAACCGAAUGUUUUUCUAAAUAUAAAAUCUUUAUGAAGGUUGUUUCUCCUUCAUUAUGAACUACAGUGAUUUAUCACUUUGUAUAGACAAUUUGUUCUGCUUCAUUUUGUCAAUAAAAUUUAGUUUGUUUCUGGGUUA